AUGGAGAUUGAGUUGCCUGAUGUGCCCUUGGUGAAAAUCUUCUCCUAUCUGGAUGCCUUGAGCUUGCUACAGGCUUCGCAAGUGAGCAAGGAUUGGAAUAAGGUUGCAGAAAGUGAUUUGCUAUGGAGGAGGAUGUGUCUAAAGAAAUGGCACUUCUGCAACUUCACCUAUGAGCACCUGGGCACACAGACAUGGAAGCAGUUAUUCCUCCACCAAACAAAGCAGGAGCAUCGGAUGGCAUGUGCACAGCCAGAAGACUUCAUCUACAAAGAAGCAGCUGGGAACCUUGUCACACCCAGGCUUCCCAGCACCAUAUGUCAGACCAGGUAUGGGGGCAACAGAUGCAGCAUGCCUGCACAGGGCACUAUGAUCUGGUCAAGCCCAGUACAGCAGUUCAAUAUCACCAAUUUGGAGACCCUCCCUCAGAUGCAUCUCGCGAUCACUGCAGAUAUGGGAGAAAACAAGUGGAACUGUCGUGACAGGGAUCCUCUGGCUACCUGCGCCAUGGCUCAAAUCUGUUUUUCCUUGAAUGCUUUUCUCACAAAGGAUGGGCCAUUCCUGAUGGUGGGUGAUUCUGAUGGUAACAUCCACACAUUUACAAUACCUGAGUUAAGGGAUAUUUCUGAAGUCCAUGCAUUUCAACAUAGCAUUGAUAUUCUACACUGCUCUCCUGACAAGAAAUGGGUCUUUUCAUGUGGGAUACAUCAACAUAUUUUUUCAAAGAUUGUUUUCACAGAGUGUUUAUUGAGACCAUCAGAACAUAGCACCCCCCUGUAUUUCACUCUCCCAUUUGCAUCAUGCAACAGAGGCUGCUGGACUCCAAGGAGAGAAAACGGGAUAACACUGAUGUACCAGAGAGGUUCCCACAAAAAAAAAACAGGAUUUACCACUUUUGAUCUAACAACAGAAAGCCCUGAGGCACAUCAGAUUGCAAGUUUUCUGUUGCCAGUUCAUAUAGACAGCCCUAAUUGGAUGGGAGUCAGUGAUGGAAGUAUUAUUGUUGUUGAGAGUGGGCCAUACCUGUUCCUCUUCACCAUUAAUGGCCUCAUGCUAGAACGAUGUGAGAGCCACCAGAGCAUGAUCAGCAACAUAUGGGUGGAUUCUCUCCAUAUCCUUGCAGCAUCCAUGGAUUGUUCUUUACAUGUGUACAUGUGGGAAGAGGGAGGCUAUUACCCAUAUCUCAAGAAGUGCUGUCACCUGGAAUACCUGGGGAACAGUCUGACACCAAGCUGCAGCCAGGUCUCCCGGGCAAUAUGUGAUAACAUGAGCAUAGUACGCGUGGUGUCAAGAGCUCAUGAAUCCAACAUUCUGGUGAUAAAUAUUUUGAAUGUGUAACAUGGAAACCAAUGGAGUUAAUUUUGCAUCCUCAUCCUUCUCCUUGAUGUAGUAAAGAUAAUUCUGUUUGCAAGACCAGAAUGAUGAUUUAAAUGCUAUUAAG